GAUGACGUAUCCUGGUUGGCCCGGCUCAAUUUUGACCGAGACGAGCAUGUGGGUCUGCGGUGCGCUGUUCCGGGCGCGAGCACUGGCCGGGCCGCGGCAGGGGCAGGGGCUGUACCCGGCUUCGGGAUGCCGCGGGCCGGCUACCUCCUCUUACUCCGCAUCUGCCGAGCCCUCCUGGGUCCGGGCGCUGGUCUAUGGGCACCACGGGGACCCAGCCAAGGUCGUCGAAACCCUGGGCACAUAGUGGCAGCCCAAAAAUGUUGCCUGACCUACUUUGGGGAGAUGAUUUGAGUGAAAGACGCCCUGUCUAGCCUGGGUGACAUUAACGUCUCUCUUCGGCUUUGUGCUUAGACUGAAGAACCUGGAGCUGCCUGCUGUGGGUGGAUCAGACGUCCGUGUGAAGAUGCUGGCGGCCCCCAUCAAUCCAUCUGACAUAAAUAUGAUCCAAGGAAACUAUGGCCUGCUUCCCAAACUGCCUGCUGUUGGAGGGAAUGAAGGCGUUGGACAGGUGGUAGCAGUGGGCAGCAAUGUGACUAGGGUGAAGCCAGGAGACUGGGUGAUUCCAGCAAAUCCCGGCUUGGGAACCUGGCGGACCGAGGCUGUAUUCAGUGAAGAAGAACUGAUCGGAGUUCCAAGUGACAUUCCUCUUCAGUGUGCUGCCACCCUGGGUGUCAAUCCCUGCACGGCCUACAGGAUGUUGAUGGACUUUGAGCAGCUGCAGCCAGGAGACUGUGUCAUCCAGAAUGCAUCCAACAGUGGAGUGGGGCAAGCCGUCAUCCAGAUCGCCACAGCGCUGGGCCUGAGGACCAUCAAUGUGGUCAGAGACAGACCUGACAUCCAGAAGCUGACCGACAGACUAAAGAAUCUGGGAGCUGAGCAUGUCAUCACAGAGGAGGGACUAAGAAAGCCUGAGAUGAAAAACAUCUUUAAGGCCAUUCCCCAGCCACGGCUUGCUCUCAACUGUGUCGGUGGGAAAAGCUCCACAGAGCUGCUGCGGCAAUUAGCGCCUGGAGGAACCAUGGUGACAUACGGUGGGAUGGCCAAGCAGCCUGUCAUAGCCCCUGUGAGUCUGCUCAUUUUUAAGGAUCUCAAACUUCGGGGCUUCUGGUUGUCCCAGUGGAAAAAGGACCACAGCCCAGACCAGUUCAGGGAGCUGAUCCUCAUACUGUGCAACUUCAUCCGCCAAGGCCAGCUGACAGCCCCUGCCUGCUCCGAGGUCCCACUGCAGGACUACCAGCGUGUCUUGGAAGCUUCCAUGAAGCCCUUCGUGUCUUCAAAGCAGAUUCUUACCUUGUGAUGAUCCCGGAAGAGCCAGAGUGCAGUGGGAGGGGAGACAAUCAGCAGGACAGGUUUCAGGCCUCUCAGUCAGUGCCCCUAGCCUUCCCCUGGACACGCCUCUCCUCAUUGUCACUGCCUACUAGGAGGACUGCAAAACCAACCAGGCCUUUCCCCAGGCCAGCCUCA